ACGGGGCGCAUCAACAGAGACGCUUCGCCCGGAGGACGAGAUGCCGGAUAACUGGAAAAUAUUUAUGGUUGUUUUCAUCGUCGGUCACUACUUGUUUAACUUUGUCUUCGGCACCUUACUCUACACGAUCUUCGCACCAGAAGAAUAGAACGAACGGCCACGGCAAGUUAUUAUCUGGAUAACGUUAACUUGCGAAGGUCAAUUCAAAUUAAUAGACACAUUAUACUUAUUAACAACCCAAUUUCUUUAAAAGGUGUCAUGAGGGGGAUUUCAAACCACAAGCUCCGCAAGAGCAUCAGGGUAAGGAUUGCUUGACCGUAGGAUAAACUCGCACUUUCAUAGUUUAGAAAGUAAGUCUUUUCAGUCUGAGCUAGUUUACAUCAAAUCAAAGUAGGCCUAUUAGAAAUUGUACUAACACAGUCAUGCACUGCAUAUGUUUGCAUGUGGAAAUACAUAUCCGCCGAUUGAAGCUAAAAACAUAGUCGAGUUUGUGUGCGCUUCCGUGUGGACCGCGACGCUCGGAAAUCCCGUCGUGGAGCGGCAGCGCAUGCUGCAUUAAAGUACCUUUUAUCGGAUUGUACCCUAGGGCUCUCUGGUGCGAGUGAUUACACUCACCUCUAUUUUUUGCACGGGAGAAAAAAAAGCUUAAACCCACACUUCCCUCCGGUAACCCUAUAGAAAAACGCUGGCUUGUAGGUUGCCUAUCCCUCGCAGCUGUGCAUAGAAAAUUGCGCAUUAGUCAAGCGGGGAUUGAGGUGGUUGGGGGUGGGGGGGUUGGAGUCUGAAGCAAGGGCAGGGGUGGCUCUUGCCCUCUGUUGGAGAGAGCAGCAAAGACUGGGACACAUCCGCAAGCCAUCAGUGCAGCCUCGGCCAUGGCUCUGCCUGACAACGCGGGCGGCGUGCCCGGGGACGAGGUGCCUUUCCCGGAGAUCGUGGAGCUGAACGUGGGCGGCCAGGUGUACAUCACCCGCUACUCCACCCUCACCAGCGUGCCAGACUCUCUGCUGGGCCAGAUGUUCAGCCAGAAGAGCACCAAGGGCCUGGCCCGGGACACCAAAGGACGCUUCUUCGUGGACCGGGACGGCUUCCUGUUCCGCUACAUCCUGGACUACAUGCGGGACCAGCAGCUGGUGCUGCCGGACCACUUCCCCGAGCGGGGCCGGCUGCAGCGCGAGGCCGAGUUCUUCAACCUGCCCGAGCUGGUCAAGCUGCUGGUGCCUAAGAUCAGCAAGCAGAACUCUCUGGGCGACGACGGCUGCCCCAGCGACCCGGAGGAGUCCUCGCCCAGCACGGAGGCGGCCCGCAACCUGGCCAUGCUCGGCGCGGCGGCGGCCGCCUGCGCCAGCCUGGUGCCCAGCUCGGGCGACGUGGGCGGCAAGCGCUCGGGCUUCAUCACCAUCGGCUACCGUGGCUCGUAUACACUGGGCCGGGACAGCCAGACGGACGCCAAGUUCCGGCGGGUGGCGCGCAUCAUGGUGUGCGGCAAGACCGCGCUGGCCAAGGAGGUCUUUGGCGAGACCUUGAACGAGAGCCGCGACCCCGACCGGCCGCCCGAGCGCUACACCUCCCGCUACUACCUGAAGUUCACCUUCCUGGAGCAGGCCUUCGACAAGCUGGCCGACGCCGGCUUCCACAUGGUGGCCUGCAACUCCACGGGCACCUGCGCCUUCGCCCACGAGCAGACCGACGACAAGAUCUGGACCAGCUACACCGAAUACGUGUUCUAUCGUGAGUGAGACAAAAGGCGCUUCGUCAUCCCCCCGCAUCCCAAACUCCUAACUUCCCUCUGAGCAGUCCACAUUUCAACCCUACUUUACACCCCCUCUCCCCCCUAUCGUGUUUGAGACAAAGUGGCUUCACCAUCCCCACAAUCCAACCUCCCAGACCCCUUCCCUCUCCUCCACCAUGACUCUGGCCCUACUUCCCCAGAGCCCCAGAGACUACCCUCCUCAAUGGCUGACCUGUCUCAGUUCCAUUGGCGGGAGGACCUUCUUUCCAAGUCUGACCCCAAUACUCCCAUCCAAACCCCGCUCUGUGUCCCUGUUAGCUGGUCUCCUAGAGCAGUACCUGUGGUCUGCUUCUCCUGUCCACUUGCAUCCAACCGGAAGACAUCUGCCCCUCUCUCUUGUUUUGCCGAGUGUGAGUUCGCAUUGAACCCUAGACUGCCCUCCUCCUCCUGCUCCAAAGCACAGAAACUGCAUCCUGCAAACUUUCUUCGCCUCUUGUACUUGUUCCAUGGUUAUUUCCCUGGUUCUUCUCAUUGAAGCACAAAGAAAUGUGACUGUGAGCUUGUGUUUUGUUUUUGUUUUGUUUUGUUUUGCUUUGCUCUCUCUCUCUCUCUCUCUCUCUCUC